AUGGGGCAAGAGGACAUGUUUUAUGAAGAACUGAAACCUGGAGACCUGAUUGAGAUUUUUCACCUUGGCUACAAGGAUUGGGCCAUCUACGUGGGAGACGGCUAUGUGAUCCACCUGGCUCCACCAACCGAGUUCCCCAAGUUGGGUUCCUCCAAAAUGUUCACAUUUCUGAGCCACAAGGCUGUGGUGACAGAGGACUCCCUGGACAAUGUGGCCUGGGGCUGCCUCUACCGGGUCAACAACCACUUGGACCAUCAAUACCGACCACAGCCGCUGGAUAAGAUCAUCAGUUCUGCAAAGAAGAUGAUCGGUGACAGGAAGAUGUACAGAGUCUUAUGUGAGAACAGUGAGAAAUUUGUCACUGACCUGAGAUACGGAUGGCCCCGCUGCAAGUUGGUAAGGUCCACUUUGGGGUGA